GUUAUUUAGUUCACUACGCAGUGAAGGCAGUGAUUAUUAGGACACAGCCCAGUAUUGUGAAACUCGCGUCUGCGCACUGUGGCGGACCGGAGUCCGGUUAAAGCGCACCUCCUGCUCCGCUGAGAGAGUGAAUGAGUGUCUGCAGUUCAGCCGCUCCAGAGAAAAAGCAUGGCGCUCAGCUUCGCACCCCCACCCAACUUCUCCUGGGUACAGGCGGACAGACUGGCCGGACUGGCCUGGCCCUCCAGACCUGCGCACUACCGCUUCCUGCUCCAGAACCGCAUUCAGCACCUGGUGUGUCUGUGUGAGAGUAAACCCCCGGGGUCUGAGUCCUGCCCAGCCCUCACCCUCCACCACAUACCCAUAGUGGACUUCACUCCCCCCAGCCUGGCCCAGAUCCAGAGCUUCCUCUCCAUCGUAGAAGACUCCAGCUCCAGAGGAGAGGGUGUUGGUGUUCACUGUAUGCAUGGACAUGGCAGGACAGGGACCAUGCUGGCCUGUUACCUGGUCAAAACAAGGAACAUCUCAGGACUAGAGGCAAUAGAAGAGAUCCGGAAACUUCGGCCAGGGUCCAUAGAGACUAAGGACCAAGAACAAGCAGUGAUAAAGUAUCAACACUACCUCCAUGAAGCUGUCAUUAAAGGUUAAAGACACAACAGAAAUGUUUAUGUAUAUAAAACAUUUUCUAUUAGGUUCUAUAUUAUUAUAUAUUUAAAUAUUUUUUUAACUGUUAUAAUAAAGGCCCUUCUGCAUCACUCCAGUGGGUGUGUUAGGACAAGACAAUCCUGGAAACCACAGUGUAGGUCGAAGACUCUCAAACCUGGUCCUCGGGUAACAUUGUAAGACGGCUUCCUGGACCGGGCGUAGGUCUACUGUAGAUGGGUGUUGGUGGACUGUACGCCUGAAGUUGAGAAACAGUCCUAAUGUUUGCUUAGACAGAAGUAUAGUUAAGCAGUUCAGGUUUUAGAGGUCCACACCCACAGCUGAAAACAUGAAAAGCUGUGGAUUUGUACACAACACACCCCAUUAUUUCUAUUCUGCACAUCAGUCACUGUAAGUCUGUGUAUUCAUACAGUUUUGCUGCACUGUGUAGGUGUGGUUUCUGUUGAUGCUUUAUGAAAGAAAAUAAAAGCUUUUACAUUCCA